UAAAUACUUAAUUUACAUUUUUUAAUAGGAGCGUUGCUGGGUCAAAUUUGAAGACCAUUCCAUUUUCCUUAACUACUAUAUAAUCCAUACUCUUCUUCUUUAAAAUUCUCACAUUUUGUUUCUUUUCUUCCACGAGGUUCAAUAAUCUCAACCUUUUUAGAAAAACAACAAACCCGAUAAAUACAAAAAUGGAGACACAUUCAUCUGUUGUAGCGAAAAGAAUGUGGAAUGUGUUAAGAAUCGCGUUUUUUAUGAUGAGAAAAGGUUUUAUAUCAAAGAGGAAGAUGAUUAUGGAUAUGAAUUUGAUGAUGAAGAAAGGGAAAGUGCUAAGAAAAUCAUUGAGCAAUCUAAUGUCAUCAUCACAAAAUCGUCACCGGAAUAAAAUCGGUGGUGGAUUUAUGGUGCAUGAUUAUGAAUUUUCUUGUAGUAAUAGUCCAAAUCCUGGUUAUUUCAACCUCUCAAAACGUAAGCAUCACUUCAAUUUUCCUUGUAUUAAUUCUCCUGAGGUUAUUGAAGAUGAAACCUUACCUUGUUAUCAAUUGUCAUCUCCACUUGAAUUUGGAAGUGAAAAUGUGUGUAAGGAUAGUGUGGCUAUUGUGCCUAAGACUCCUGAAUAUACAUUCAAUUUUAGGUUUGAUUCAUCUGAAGAGAGAAAAAGCCCACGUUUUUCUGUGAGGGUUUCUAAUUAUUCUGCAUUGGAGGAAAAUGAAGAGAUUGGAAAUUGUCAAGUUGAUGAUGAAGCUGAGGAUUUCAUUAGAAAGUUCUAUGAACAGCUAAGGACGCAAAGCCGUGUGCAAUUGCCGGGGUUUUGAAAAACAGCCUGCGACCGUGACCUCGAAAUUGCGACAUUAGUCGCGUUGAAUUUUGUCCGAAAAAUGCAGCAUCAAUCAAUGUAACAUUGUUAUUAUGAUUGCAAUUUUAAACCUAGUGAAAUUGGAAAUUUCUGUGAUACCAAGAGAUGUAAAGACAAAUUGAAUAAAGAUAUAUAAAAAUCUUAUUUGUAUUAUGAAAU